UCAAAAAAAUGGUAAUCUCUCUCGCAAGUUAAACGAAAAUCAUGAUCCGAAAGUUAUCCUAUAAACUUAAAAGUAUAUGAAAUAUAUAAUUACACUUACAUUUUAGGAAAUACUGCACUGGUUUCACAGAGUUUUUAAAAUGUGCACUUAUACUUUUUAAUUAUUACGUACAUGACGAACUUGCACUCGAUGAAAUCUAAUGUCACACUGUACGUUGCAUCGCGUGGAUCGUGGGAAUGUACGAGCUGCAAUUUAUAGUCCAAGAGUAAGAGUUUUAUAUAUUUAUCUGUAAACCUGUUCAUUUUAAAAUGGUUUUAAAGUUUUGUUUCGAAUUUUUGACAUUUUGCAUUAUUGUACAUUUAUGACUAUUAGACAUUUAUUUAUUGUACAUUUACUACUAUACUACUAUAAGUACUUACUCUUUCUAAUAUUGCAAAAAUAAAAUAAUCUUUUAAAUCAUUUAUUUCAUAUUUAAUGAAAAUGUAUAUCAAUAUUUAACCAAUCUGAAAAUAAAAUACAUUUUAUUCAAAUGUUCAAUAAAACAUCGAUUUAAACAUCUCAGCUCCUGGUCUCACACAGCUUACUUGCAGAUUCAGCAUUAAAUGCUUUGAAUGUGUGUGCACGACAUGUAACUUUAGAUUUUUAUUGUUUACUUCGUGUUGCAUUGCAAGUUGAAACUAAUAAUUAUUUUUAUCUUUCUAUGUGACUCAAUGGUGACUGAUACAUUAUGCUUCUACCGUUAAAUCUACCUUUAUAAAGUAAGUCAAUUUUUUUCUAAAUGACAAUGCAUUGUAAAAAAGAUGUAAACAUUGUGAGGAAAAAUAAAAUCGAAUAAAAUCGUGAGUAAAAUUAGUUGGUUUAUUAGUUUUCUGUUGGAAGCAGACUCAAAUCAAUGUAGCUUAUUACAAUUUAACUUUACAAAUAGAAUGAUGGAAAUUCGGUACUUGGAAUACUACAUAAUUAGUAUUUGACUAGCCAUUUAAGAAAUUAACCUACAUACUUUAGAUUCUGAUUUCACUUUUACUGCAACAUAGUGUAACACAAUCAUAUUUCCUUUAAACGUAACAUCAAAGUAUGGGUAAUAUUUUAAUUCAAAAGGUAAUACCUACUUGCUAGUGAUUUUUUUUUCUGUGCUUAUCGAACAUAAAAAUACGGUCCAAAUUUGUAUAUCAUUUUAUUGUUACUUUAGUUUUAACUAAUUAGCUUAAUUUUUGCUGACAAUUUAUUAUUGAUCACAUAAAUACAGAAUUUCACCGCAAAAAAUUAAUUACUUUGUGAGAUUCUUUGUGAAUAGCAAGAAACAAGCUCCCGAUUGUGCAAAAUGUCGGAUUCUGAGUACGCAUCCAGCAUUGAAGACGUGGCCCCAUUAGAGGUGGUGCCACCACCGCGCUCGAGCAAGAGCAAGUCCAAAACCAGCGCGUCGACCUCAACCGCUUCUACGCCUGCGCCUAAGCCGAGGAAGCGAAAGCCUGCCGCCCAUUCCGUUGCGAACGUUGAAGCCCUAACUAGACCAAAGAAAACGAAGAGUUUGUUUUCAAUCAUUAAUAAGGACGAGCGGGCAAGUGCGAAGGAGACAACUCGUAGCAUCGCAUCGAGCUUUACAUCGCGGGUGUCUUCGGGCCAGUGUCGUCGGACUGCAGUCACCAGCGGCGAGUUCUACAUAGAUUUGAAAGUCUACAACACCGACGAUGUUAAGAACGUUCCACCCGAGGAGCGUUACAAGAAAGCGCUUGCAGCGGUAAAACUCCAAUGCGGUGAACAAUCCCAGGAGUGGGAAGCUCUACAAAGGUUCAACCUCUUGGGUAGGACACUUGCGGAGUCGCUUGCACAAACAAAAGAACUCCACCCAACCACACAGUGA